AUGCCCGCUAUCAACACUGAGCUUAUUACCCGAGAGCUGCCCCAGCUCAUCACCCGGGAAAUGAGCAAUAUGAGCAUCGUCAUGAAGAGGGAGGUUGACCAUAGAGCGGUUGAAACGUUUCUUGUGGCAUUUACCUGUAUUUUUGGCGUCGGCGGCUGGAUCCUCUGGAUGGUCAAGCAAAAGUAG